AUGGCGUCCGAGUCAGGGUCUGAAAUAUCAACUAUGUCAACUACCGCAGAUCACUUCUGUGAUCUCUGCGAAUGUGUGCGGAGUUACCCUUCGCAGCCGUGUCAAAUUGCUGGGCAUGAGGAUAUGGGUUCAGCGAGCCUAGCGACUCAUAGAGACUCGAUUCGCGAGACACUGUCUACUCUCUGUCAUGAUCUGGACAAAGUUUUGACAGAGCACGAUUCGAUCAGGCGAUCACUGGACCAAUUGAAAAAUGAUAAUAACGCACUUAGAAGGCGCCUUGAGCAUACAGAGGCUGUAUACGAAGCAAAGAACAUGCUCUACGAGGAGAUGCAGCAUUUUUUCGACAGGGUAUCGGCAAGGCUCAACAAUACCAACGCGGACUCUAAAUCGCUAUUGAACCCCAUCAAAGAAUGA